AUGGCCAAAGGCACGGCGAGCAGAGACCGCCUAUCCGAGCUCCCCGACGAUCUGCUCAUACGUAUCCUCUCCUUCGCCCCCGUCAAGCAGGCCGCCAGCAGCACACUCCUCUCUCGCCGGUGGCGCCUGCAGCCGCUAUGGCUGGAGACUGGCACCGUCAACAUCGACUUAACUUCCGACGAAUUCCUCGAUAGGACCUUCCACAGGGGGUGGGGCGAGGCCGGCCCCUCGACCUGGGAAGACGAGGGAGACGCCCGGGCAGCGCUCCGCCGCCGCCGCCACGGCCUCAAGAAGCUCACCGUCACGGUGACAGCCGACAGAGACCACGACGACGGCUACGUCUUCGGCUGCGUCCGUCGGGAUUUCUCGCGGUACCUGAACCCGGACCAGUUCAGAGGCACCUGUGUCGGGCUGCUCCGCCACGUGGAGGAGCUCCGCCUCGAGUGCCAGGUCGCCAGCGGAUCGUUGCCGUCGCCGCCACGGUACAAGUACGCCGCCGAUCCCGGCGUCGAGUACGAUCUCUAUCUGGGCAUGCUGCCCUGCGAGGAUUUCCGGGUUCUGGACAUCGCGGGAUGCUGCCUCAAGGUAACGACGACCGAAUGGUUGUGGGACUGGAUUGCCUACCCGUGCCUCACGACGCUGCGGCUGCGGCGCUGCACCGUGCGGCUGUGCGACCUCCAGAAGGUGAUCCUCGCCGCGCCGAGGCUCGCCGAGCUGCGUCUCGAGUCAGUCACCUUCUCCGAUCGACCACCGCUUAGCGGCUUCAUCUUCGACGAACACAUCCAUCUCCACUGCCCGGCGGUCACCUCCUUCACCAUGGUUAACUGCCACAUCGAUGGUCGCACCUUCGAGCUUGACGCGCCGUCGUUGAUCUGCUUCCGCUGCGCGCAGGUCCCAUCUUUAUAUUUUUCCGUAUCGCUGAAAUCAGCUGCGCCGUGCUUGGCACAAGUCGACCUGGGGUCGAUCUCCGGCACGGCGACAUUAGGUCCUCUGCUUACCACCAUGUGCCACAUCAGCAUUUUGAAGCUGACGGUGUACUCAAUUGUUGGAGACAUCAAGUUUGGGUACUUCCCUCUCUUCCCGAACCUCAAGCACCUUGUAAUAGAGGAACUGUGUGGAUUUGCCAUGGACGGCGGCUUGUCGGCGGCGGCAACGGCCGUUGGAGACAUGCUAUGUAGAUGCCCGGAGAUCCGUGAGCUCCGGAUAAGAUUCAGCUGGUUGGAAUAUCUCAAUGAGAGUGCAGAUGAUCAUCUCGGCGCAGACCUGACGGCCUAUCUGAAAUCCUCGGCGUGCGGAUUGCAGGAGUCUGAUUACUGUAAGGUUUCAGAAUCAGAUACGCCUGCGACCGGGAGCACACAAAAUUUCUGCAGUAGCUGGCAGAAUUCUCUAAGAAAAGUAGUCAUCCAAUUUCAGAAGGGCAAGCUCACCUGCUCCCAAGUCCAGCUCGUGAAGUUCUUGGCAGAAAAGGCUGCUGUUCUUGAAGAGUUUGACAUCGAGGGAGGAAACCAGGAUGGCACUGACCACAUCAACAGAAAGAUCGCUACAUGGAGAACUCAUUCUGCAGGUGCUUGUGCAGGAGAGGUCGUGAUCGCCUCUGCUGCCGUGGAGCUUCCACAGUUGAGCCUGUCAGCACUAAUUCGGAUCUCCAUCUUUGACUGGGCGUGCCGGACUUCCGGGUUUGAGCCUAGCGCCGAGCUCUUCAGCGCCAUAUUUUUUGCCACCGUGAACUCGAAGACGGUGAUUACCCUAGCUGGAACAAAGAAGACAGUGUUCGGGAGCGUGAACUUUAACGUUCGCCCCGAGCGGUCCGAUCUCUGGCCGGUGAACGCUGCCAUGUCGAAGUGGGACCGCUAUUGGAUGGCGAGUUGGUUCUAUCACACCAUCCCCUUCGAGGCUGGUUCCGACUUGGCGAAAGCCCUCCGGUGCCGGCGUAGGGCGAUUGCGCCAAACCGGAAACCCAAGAUCGCCGUGGACGGCGCUAUGGAGGCGUGGUUCGUUCUGCUGCGCAAGGCUGAAGCCGAAGCCCGUAGGAUGAUCGGCGACGUGUCGGUUGUCGAGUAUAGCCAGCUGCUGACACGACAAGCGGCUGGGCGGGCGAACCAGCUUGCCCCUAGGAAGCGAAGGGUUCCUGCUUCGUCGGACUCCGACACCGACGACGAGGACGAUGCCAAAGAGCAUGAAGGCGAGGAGGAAGGAGAGGAGGAAGAGGAGGUGGAGGCCGUGGCCGAAAAAGCCACGAACGAGGCGAUCUAA